UCUGCUGAGCCUGACUGACAUGGUCCACUUGUGCGUGUCCAUUUCAGAUGAUGGUGUCAGGCUCGAGUCUGUGCAGAACGGUUCACCGAAAACAGUGCAACGUAGGGGAAGGAGGGCAGUCAGCAUGGCUACUCUGCGGCGCCAACCGGGAUCCAGAACAUCCUCAACCCGUCAGAACCGUGGCUCCUGUUCGUCUACCGCGUCUUGCCCCGUCUUCUCUGGACCAUACAGUGACCAAGAGGAAGACCCUCCAAUGCGCCGCCAAUCCUCACCUUUACUCAAAGGAUCUCUUUCUAGUCUCCACAGGUGUACCAGCCCAAGCCCCAAAGGUUCCCUUUCUAAAGGGUCUAUUCCCUGUUUUCAAGGAUCUUUACCGAGUCUUCAAGGAUCCCUCCCCAGUUUCCGAGGUGUUUCACCCAACAUGGGAGGAUCAAUUUCUCAGAUGAAGAGGCGGUCUCUUGGCAGCCUGGACAACUCCAGCCCCAGUCCCAGUGAAUGGAGUACCAGCUGCAGCCAACAGAGUGGCAACGGCAGUUCCAGUGAUGAUGACGAAAGUUGGGACACAAAUAGCUGGAGCUCAGGGGCCACCUGUCUGCUACGGACUCCUGUUAAGCAAGAUAGCACUGAGACAUCAGAGAAUUCAGGUAGGAAGUCUUGCACCACUGACCAGGCUCCUGCAAUAGCUGAGCCUGAAAUUAUAUACCAGAAUCUUAUCUUCUCCUGCCCUGUUGCUAAAACUAAAAGCACAGGAGGUUGCGCUCCUGAGAGGGUUUCCACAAUACCAAGGAAAGGUGCAGGAACUCCGAGUGUUUCCUCGUCUCAGAGGCGUGAUGCUACAGUCUCAUUUCAACAACCACAUGAGAAGACCGAGGACAGAAAUAAAUUUACACAGUUUCUGAAUGAGGUGACCCACAGGGUGCUGAAUUCCAACGGUGGACCGCCACAACAGAAGUCCACACUCCGACAUCACUACCAGUCUCCACCACCACCACCAGCAGCAUCAUCAUCAUCAGCCCCACUAACAACUGCACUGCAUCAAACACCAAUGAACCCUCCUCUGACACCGUCUGCAGCAGCGGCGGCAACAAACCUGUGGUACAGCCCAACAAGUUCAAACCUCCACACCAUCAGGGAGUACGAUUCAAAGGACAUUAACUCUUCUAUCCACCAAUGGAGCAAGACUUUACCCAGCUGUAAGAUCUUGGAGCCCAGGGACAUGCUGAGGACAUCUAAAGGGGAAAGUCACUCAUACCAAGAGCACAACCUGGAGCUGUGUACGAAGGUCCAGGCGCAGCCCUCCACUGGGAGACUUUAUUUAGAGACAGAUAUUGACAGAGUGAGGAGACUUGAUGAAAUGGUAGCUAAUGGCACACUGGGAAAAGGAAGGGAUGAGAAAGGUAUGGAGAAAGGGAAGGACUGGGAAACCAGGGAUCCAUUGGAGAGAAAUGGAGGCUUCAGGACAGAGAAAGGGAACGAGAUGGAGAAGAGAAAAGAGAGCCCCUGGGAGAGAGACACAGGGGGAGACAAAGGCAAAGAAAAUAACAAAGGGAGAGAAAGAUCUUACUGGGAGAAAGACACAAGCAUAGAAAGAGGACGGCAGAAAGAGAAGAAAGUGAUACACAUGAGUCAUGCGCCCCCUCCUCCUCAAUCAUCUUCUGGUGGAAGGAAUAGCCCCUGCCCUAUCUUCAGGUGGCCAGAGGGAUUUCCCAGAAUGUCCUUUAGGUCCACCUCACUGCCCAGACCUGUCAAUAUGCAUGAGUCUGAUGGGGAGAUGCAGCGUGACACAAGCUCUUUCCAUGACCAUAAGGACGACCUCCGCAAGCACCUGUCCUACACCACCCACAAACUAGAGAUGGUGGAAACAGAGUUUGAGUCCACUCGGCAGUACCUCGAGACGGAGCUCCGCCGAGCUCAGGAGGAACUGGAGAAAUUUACGGAAAAACUACGCAGGAUCCAGAGUGGCUAUGCAGCUCUACAGAGGAUCAACCAGGAUUUGGAGGACAAGAUGCACAGGACGUCACAGCACCAUGAAGAGGAAAAGAGAGCCCUCAGCCGCGAGAUCAUCGUCCUCAACAACCACCUCAUGGAAGCCAAGAUCACCAUUAAUAAACUCAGAGAGGACAAUGACCUUUACAGGAAAGACUGCAACCUGGCUGCUCAGCUACUGCACUGCUCAAAGUCUCACUACAGAGCACACAAGAUGUCUGAGCUGCCACUGGAUUUCCAGGAACGCAUCAGCUCCCAUAUGGAGAAACAUACUCGGGGGAGCGGAGCCACCAUUGCAAUGUGCCACUCCAAUUACACUGACACUGUGCCCACGUCACUAAUCGCCAAGGUCCUGGAGAAGCCUGAACCAGGAAGCAGUUGCCCAGUAACGCGCUCACCGAGCCCGCAACGGCAAGACGGAGAGUUUCUUACAGGAACAGGAAGUACUGACCACCUGAACCGCCGCAUUGCUUACAAAACCUCCGAUCUGUACUGCAGCGACACUGCCCUCUACUGCCCUGAGCGAUGGCAAGAAACGGAGCGGAGGCAAAGCGUAGACUUACAUGGCACCGCGCUGCUUCAACUCCACGCCCAGAACUCCACCGAUAGCAACCUGGAAGAAGAGGCCUACCACUCUGGAAGUUUCUCUCACCAUGAGCCUCCAUCCUCCUUCCAUCACCAUGAUGACUUUGGAACUGGCAGCCUCCCGGCUUCCAGUUCCUACUCCAGCUUCAGCCUCGCUUCAGAUGAUAAGGGCGGAGUGAUUGGCGGCUGUGGGCGCACUGCCAGCAGCACCUUGUCCUCUUCCCAUCAGGGGCUCUAUAUGGAAUGGCGAGACGGUGGCAGUGGUGACUAUGAGCAUAAAGGCAUGUCCUCGUAUGAAAAAGAGAGUCCAAGUUUCCCUAAGUCUCACAGCAUCCAGCACAUGGCAGCUCCCAGGAGUCCACAAAAGGGCAACUCACCAGCGUACACAAGGACAGCUUCAUGCUUCAGUGAACCGUACCACCCCAGCUCCCCUCGCUUGGCCUCUUCUCACAGUAUGGGUUCCACAACUGGACUGGGCCAAGCCCAUGACAGAGCUCUGGACAUCCAGGUCCCCGAGGAUGACCUCAGCACCCGCUGGAGACAGCUCAGCGUGGAAGACAUCAACACAUUCUCCUCCUCCUAUGGUAACAUUCCUGGUCGGGUCUCUCCGUACAGUUUCUCUGAGCACCACUUUGCCAUGGGCCCCUCCAGUAAGGUCAAAGGAUCUCUCUACAGCAGCUUCCCAGAUGGAGAUGAAGUCUUCCACAGCCGCAUGCUCGACCAGUGUUUUGCUAUCGGUGCCCCUUCGCCUAGCUGUACUCCUAAACCAACAGAGCAUCACAAGCAGGAGAAAACCUCUGUGCUGUACAGAGCCAAGGAUGACAGUCAGGACUCAGAAUGCAGUCUGUUCCUCUCAGGGAGCUCGAAAGACAAGGAGAGCAGUGUGGGAGCGACAGCGUCCAGCAGCGCCAAGAAGGACUACGUAAAUCUGAGCGCAGACAGCUCGGCCGAGUCUUUACAUCAAAGCUCACUGGAGGCCUCAAGUCUUCAACACUACCCCAGUCCUCGGCCGAGCGUCCGGCCUCGUCCCAGCUCCAGCUCUGCUCUCAGUAUUGGCCCCGCACUCCCAAAGAAAACUUCUCCAAGAUACCAAAAAUUUGGCAGCACGGGACUGACGAGGAAAGACAGUUUGACCAAGGCACAGCUUUACGGUACACUACUGAACUGAACAGAGGACGAGAGCUUUUCAUUUUAUGCAUGAUGAUGAUAAUUCUUUACUUACUGUACUGUACGUCUCCUUGCAGCACACAUACUCUGCGAUGGGGUAUUAAGAUGUUGCUGUUCUAUCUCUUAGCCAAGGCACGUUUCAUGCAGCCUGCAACUAUUUUUUAUUGUGAGUCACAGAGUGUAGCCAACUGAGACCAGGAGACCAGCUUUUCAGUAUGUUUGGAAGCGAUGGUGAUGAUUAGAGCCUCUGGGAGAACUCCAAGCUCCCCGAGACAUUCAACACAUACCCAUAAACAUACUGAGCUACAGCAUUUGCUCCUUUUUGGGUGAUGAGUUUUGCUCUAAUGCAUACAGCACAGACAAUGGACUUUAGGUGCAAUAGACAUUAAAUAACUCGUCUUUGGGAGAAUUUAAGCAGAGACGCCCCUGUUGACUGUAAGCUGCCAAACACAUUUAUCCACUCUCCAAUUUCUCUCAAAGUAAAUACAUGCAGUAUAAUGCACAAGGUGGAAAAACCCAUUUAUAAGUAAAACGCUGAGAGAAAUGAUCUGUAAGCACCACAGAGGGGAAAUUGGAUGCACUGAAUAUAACGUUUAGAAAAAGACACAACUUAUUGAGUUUCUUCCUAAUGCUGGAUUUAAACACAAUCAAAACGCUGGGGAACAAAAACGAAGAAAGACCUCUCAUCGUGUUAAAUAAAACAUACUUGUAGGAUCAUAUGAAAAUAGGAUUUUACCAGAAGAGUACACAUAAAAUGCGCAGGACAUAUAAGACAUGAUUAAAGAGUAAUUCAAUGAGAAUCCAGAUAUGAGCUGCCAAGAUUUUUAAUAUUGUUUUUCCUAUUUUUUUAUAUGAGAGCAAGAAAUUAAAUCAGACUGAAUUGCACAGUAGCUAUGUUACACCAGGACACUUGUGAAACUGCCUUAAUCCUGUUCUGUGGACUGAACGACAGUCUCCUUUACAGCAUCCAACAACUGUGCACAUAGUCGAUAUCUGCUGUAUUGUUUAUGUACCCACACCAUUGAUACUGUCGCUACGGUUACUACAUGCAGUGCAAGUUCUUCCAAUCAGAUAACACACACACACACACACACACACAAGACAGUUUGGGAAGAGGAAGAAGUCUGUUUUUAGACUGAGGAUCAUUUUCUACAAUUACAACAAUUUUCAUUUCCUCGUCUACAAAUCUGGCACGCACCGCAGAAUUUCCAACAAACAAACACCGCAGUUGGCACCAGUUACACACACCAAAACAAAAGGGCUGGUUGUUCUAGUUUUCAGCAGGGUUUAAUUGGGGGGGGGAGACGAGUUUUCCAGGCAAAGUUAGCAGAUCUGCAAUGUAUGCACAACAAGGAGAGGGGGGAGAGUGAACAGGUAGGAAAACAAAAGUUGUACAGUUAGUGUUUUUAAAACAGCAUGCUCGGUUAGGCUAUUUUAGAGAAAACACUGUGAAAACAGACAGUGUGUGUGUGUGUGCGUGCGUGUGUAUAUAUACAGUAUAUUUAUAUACAGUGCAUACAUAGGAAGUGGCAACAUUAAUGUAUUAAAAGUUGCAGAGUUUGCCCCGUUACCCCACAACGUUUGUGCUGCGUUAGACCGGGGGAGAAUCUCUUCUUGCCUGUGUAGCUCUAUAGAUCGGUGAGGAAUAGUGACAGGGAUAAGAUGACAUGAACUCAGCCUUGCCCUCAAGUGGACAUGCCAAGAUUUUUCGAUUUGAUUUAUUUAUUUGUUUGUUUGUUUGUUUAUUUAUUUAUGCCAUGCUUCUACCUCUCCCAUUCCUACAGAUCUGGGAACUGACUUAAGGCUGUUUUAUUAUAAACGAUUUCAACGUUGCAUUUCUUGCUUUUGCCAACAGGCCACACAAAUCUCCAAUCAUGGUCCUCGUAAAGUAAUGAACAGUUUGAAAAGGUCCGGAGUUAAACACUGUACAUAGAACAGGGGGGAGGAUAUAAUGGCUCUUUUUGUUUUUGUUGGAUGUGUAAAAAGAAAUGUUUUCAGUUGGUGUUAUAUUUAAUGAAUGUUUUGACCCCGAAUGAAGAGGCUGAAGUGUUUCUGUCCUACCUCCAGCUCUGUUCCAUGAACAACAGGUCAGCUGUCUAAAUGUUAACAUAUGUGUCUGUCUGAUGCAUGGUUAUAUAUUUUUGCUGUAUGUUUAUUUACUUAAUAAAGAUGGGUGUCGGGAAAUACA